AAAACUUAAGAAAAGCAUAAAAAAAGGUCAUAUUCAUAUUGUAAAACCCUAAACCCUAAAUUUUAUUGAACUAAAAACCACAGUUUCUAGACUAUUCUUUGCCCAUAUCAAAUUUCCUCUCAUCCAUCUUUAAAAAUCAUUGCAGUCCACCAGCUUCCUCUGUUCUCUCAUUUGUUCUUGAUAAUUCUAUCUUAUUUUUUCUCUUUCUAUCUCUAUUACCUCAAUCUCAGCCAUGUUCCGCGCAACCGCCGCCAUCGCUAAUCGUGCUCGCACCAACAGCCGCACUAUUGGUGGUAGAUUAAAUUGGAGCAGAAAUUAUGCUGCUAAGGAGGUUAGAUUUGGUGAAGAUGCCCGAAAAUCUAUGCUUGCUGGUAUUGAACAACUUGCUGAUGCUGUUAAAGUCACUAUGGGACCUAGGGGGCGUAAUGUGGUGAUUGAGCAAAGUUUUGGGGCUCCUAAAGUGACAAAAGAUGGUGUAACAGUGGCCAAAAGUAUUGAAUUCAAGGACAAAUUUAGGAAUUUGGGUGCCAGCCUUGUUAAGCAAGUAGCCAAUUCCACUAAUGAUGUUGCUGGGGAUGGAACUACUUGUGCAACAGUUCUUACCAGGGCAAUAUUGAUUGAGGGAGUAAGGUCAGUUGGAGUUGGAAUGAAUGCAAUGGACCUUAGAAGAGGCAUGACUAUGGCAGUUGAUGCUGUGGUGGAUUACUUGAAGAGUAGAGCAAGGAUGAUUAGUACCUCGGAAGAGAUUGCACAGGUGGGUACCAUAUCAGCAAAUGGCGAGAGGGAAAUCGGAGAGUUGAUUGCAAAGGCUAUGGAGAAGGUUGGAAAGGAAGGAGUAAUCACAAUUCAAGAUGGCAAGACAUUGUUUAAUGAACUUGAAGUUGUGGAGGGUAUGAAGCUGGACAGAGGUUACAUUUCUCCUUAUUUUAUCACCAACCAAAAAACCCAAAAAUGUGAAUUGGAUGAUCCACUUAUUUUGAUUCAUGAGAAGAAAAUCACCAGUAUCAAUGCUGUUGUAAAAGCCCUUGAAUUGGCACUGAAGAGACAAAAACCAUUGUUGAUUGUUGCUGAAGAUGUUGACAGCGAGGCCUUGGCAACUCUCAUUUUGAAUAAAAUCCGAGCUGGACUAAAGGUUUGUGCCGUUAAAGCUCCUGGCUUUGGAGACAAUAGGAAAGCCAAUUUGCAGGAUCUUGCAACCCUUACUGGUGGAACGGUUAUUACCGAGGAGCUCGGGAUGAACAUAGAAAAGCUGGAAUAUGAUAUGCUAGGUUCAUGCAAAAAGAUCACUGUCUCAAAGGACGACACGGUGAUUCUUGAUGGUGCGGGUGAUAAAAAAGCCAUUGAAGAAAGAUGUGAACAGAUCAGGUCUAGUAUCGAACUGAGCACUUCAGAUUAUGACAAAGAGAAGCUGGAAGAGAGGCUAGCAAAGCUAUCUGGCGGAGUAGCUGUUUUGAAGAUUGGAGGAGCUAGUGAAGCUGAAGUUGGUGAAAAGAAAGAUAGAGUGACUGAUGCUUUGAAUGCCACUAAAGCUGCUGUUGCGGAAGGUAUUGUACCCGGUGGUGGUGUAGCACUUCUUUAUGCUUCAAAAGAAUUGGACAAGCUACAGACCGCUAACUACGAUCAGAAGAUUGGAGUACAGAUCAUACAGGCAGCAUUGAAGACUCCCGUGCACACAAUUGCUUCAAAUGCUGGUGUGGAGGGAGCUCUUGUAGUUGGCAAACUAUUAGAGCAGGAUGAUCACGAUCUUGGUUUUGAUGCGGCCAAAGGUGAAUACGUAAAUAUGAUCAAAUCUGGAAUCAUCGACCCAUUGAAAGUUAUUAGGACUGCUUUGUCUGAUGCUGCUAGUGUGUCGGCUUUGAUGACUACAACUGAAGCUGUUAUAGUUGAGGCACCCAAAGACGAGGACUCUGCCGGUGCAAUGGGUGGUAUGGGUGGAAUGGGCGGUAUGGGCGGUAUGGGUUACUGAGGACUUAGCUGAAUACGCAGAUAAAACAUAAAUCUCGAUCCUGCCGGGGUGUUUUUUUUUUUUGGUUUCGGAGGAAACUGUAAACAUAGCGAGAGAAUUGUUUGUAGGGCAGGCUAAUGCAAUUGAAGGCCAUAUUUUUAUUGCAUUCGAGAAUCGAAUGAACAUCAAUUUAUUCCAUUGGAUAGCAUGUUUUAAGCCCGGGAUCUGAUUUAUUGCAGUUUCGUUUUUGUAUUUUGCUUCAA